GCGACACGAUCAAGCGCGUGGGCAAGCGGCUGACAGCAGCGCAGCCGCGGGAGCUGUUGAUGAUAAACAUUGUGUACCGGGUACUGCACAUAAUCAACGAGGAGUCGAGCGGGUUCGUGGGGCGCGGCGCGGGCAGCAACCAGGCGACGCCGGGGUCGGCGGCGGGCAGCGAGACGCCGGCGAUGGGGCUAGGCAGCACGGCCAGCAAGGGGCUGGCGGAGCAUGUGACGCGGACCCUGGCCAGCGAGGCCACCAACAUGCACCGGCUCAAGUCGUCGAUCAUCCAGUCGGUCGGCGAGUACAUCGACGAGCUGGAGAACACCGAGGACGGGAUUGCGAACCAUGCGCUGGAGCACAUCCACUCGAACGAAAUCAUCCUGACGUGCGGGCGGUCGCGCACUGUCGAGUGCUUCUUGAAGUCGGCCGCGCGCAAACGCAAGUUCCACGUGAUUGUGACUGAGAGCGCGCCGACGUACGACGGGCACGAGCAGGCGCGGGCGCUAGGCGGGCCCCAACAUCGACGUGGUGGUGGUGCCGGACUCGGCUGCGUCAUUCUGGGCACCCACGCGGUGAUGGCCAACGGCGGCCUGAUCGCCGCGUCGGGCACACAUAUGGUGGCGGCUGCCGCGCGGCACCACUCGACGCAGGUGGUGGUGUGUACGGGACUGUACAAGCUGUCGCCGCUGUUCCCCUUUGACGACGACCGCUUCAAUGCCAUUGUGUCGCCUGACGCCAGCUUGGUGGAUGCCGUCGACGUGGCCAGCCCACACUAUGACUAUGUGCCGCCCGAGCUGGUGGACAUUCUGGUCGACCACACCGGCGGGCAUCUGCCGUCGUACCUGUACCGCCUGCUGCAGGAGAACUACGACUCGUCGCGAGAGCUGACGCGCGAGAUCCAGAACCUGUAAAGAGAAGAGUUGGAACGUAAAAUAUAUAUGGACUGUUUAGAAAUCUAAG